AGUAGUUUGACGGUUUCUAAGUACAUCGCACGUUGCUAUUCAGAGGGAAGAUCCGCCAUAUUUUAUUGAAAAGUUUUAUACAAUGCAUCAAAAUGCCGCUUCGUAAAUUUCACAACAAUAGCGGCAUUAAGUUCGUCAAAGUGUACGCGUUAUUUUUCGAACCCAAUCAUCCGAAGAGAUUCUUCAAGUACAGUUGACCGAAGCUCCCAUCCGUUCCGGGAUCUUCAAUCAUCGAUCUGGUAACGGACUGCUGACGUGUUGAGUGUAGUGACUUUUAUUUUGCUUAGUUUAAUUUCGUGUUAGCAGCGAUAUCUAUGAAAUUUUCGACGUUUAAUUAUCAAUAACUUCGCUUUUCACUUCAAUCUAUUAUACCAUCAAUUAUAAGCUAUUCGUAUAUUGUCUUUUAAAAGUUUUAUAGGACGAUUUCACGUCAAAAAUAGCUUAGUUUUGAUCCGUUAAAGUAAAGGAAGCUAUCAAAAUGCUGGACAAGCCGAAGUACGUUCGUGUGCAGUCGUACGGGAGCAUGAGCUCAGCGAGGAGCGAGGAUGACAUGACGGUACACAGCCAACUAUUCCCUUACCCGAAGAAGAUGGUCGUUGAACGCGAGAUCCUGUACGAAGAAGAGCAUCCGCCAUUCCAGCCGCUGAUGGCAACAACCAGGAUCUUCGGCAAGGCCAGAUUCACAUGUCUCAUGGCAUUGUACCUCUGCUUCUAUGUGCUGUUCCUGAUAGCAGGUGCGAUCGUCUUCUCUUCGCUCGAGGCUCCAAUUGAAAACGAAAUACGACUCGACGUAAUACGCGCCAAACAGGAAUUCAUAGCCCGCUAUCCUAACGUCCUAGAUGAUGACCUUGAAGCACUGCUGGAAGAAGUAAUACGAGCGAGCAACCAAGGAGUGUCCGCCUCGAGGAACGUCAGUGGCGGACCGAACUGGAGCUUUGGGCAGUCCCUUUUCUUCUCCUCCACAGUAGUCACGACGAUUGGCUACGGUCAUGUUACCCCUCUUUCGAAACCUGGCAAGCUGUUUUGCAUGGUGUAUGCUCUACUCGGUAUACCAUUGACAUUGGUGCUGUUGUCUGCGCUGGUGGAACGUCUCUUACUGCCCGCCACGGCGCUGCUACGGUCCCUCAAUGCAGCACUUGGGCACCUAUACCGCCCCUUCACAAUACGACUUGUGCAUUUGAUGAUUAUUGUGAUGAUAUUCGUGGUGUUCUUCAUCCUGGUGCCAGCAGCGAUCUUUGCGAGCCUUGAGCCUGAUUGGGAUUUCCUGGAUUCAUUGUACUAUUGCUUUAUCUCGUUGACGACCAUCGGCCUCGGCGACUACAUCCCCGGCGAUUCGCCCGGACAACCCUACCGACCGCUGUACAAGGUGGCCACUACGGUAUACUUAAUCACCGGGCUGACGUUCCUCAUGCUGACGCUCACCGUGUUCUACGACAUACCGCAGCUGAACCUCAGCACGGUGUUCUCGUCGAUAAAGUUGGACGAAGACCCCGAGAAGAUGCGGCUUAGUGGGUCGGGUGCGGGACCCGGAUACGGGAUCGGGGGCCUCGUUAUGCGCGACGACUACGGACACGACCAGCGCCGCUCCGUCGUCCACAUCCGGCCCCACCUCGACGACAGCCCCAGCCCUGAAGACACCACGCCCGUACACGCGCGAGACAUUCGAGUUCAUUAAAAAAUAUAAAUAUACUUAUAUGCAACAUUUUUUUUCUUUGUCACCUUCAUUGUGUCUUAAACGUUUUGGGCAGUGUAAAAGUAAAUAAACUUAACAUUAUAAAUAUACCAACUCAAGCAAUAAUAUUAAAAAUACCAUUAGGCCUCUUGUUAAAAUCUAUUAGUGGCAUCUUUCAUGAAAAUAACAAUAAUUUUACACGCGCGAAACGUUUAAGGUGGUUCAUGAAAAUGAAACAAAAAUAUGUUUUUUUUUUAAUUGUAAUGAUAACCGAGUCAAAGACUUUCCAGCCAGUGUCAAGAAUCACAAUUAAAAUCUAUGAACUUUUUAAGAAAUAUUAGCCUCAGAUAUAAAACUCGGUUGAAGAUGACAGAUUAAUAGGAUUCAGAAUGUCUCAAAAAACUUAAAUAUUCACCUAAGCUAUUGUAUUUUGAAAGUAGAAUGUUUGGCGUUAUUAGAUAAUAAAAAUGAGAAAUUAAGAAAAUGAGUAUAGAACUUGACAUGUGUUUAUUUUAAAUUACGCACAACAGAAAUCAAGUAUUUGUGUUUUCAUAAUGUUUAUAAUUGUUUACACAACUCAUUUAAAGAUAUUUAUAUAUUAAUAAUUCAAAUGACUAGCAAAGCAAUUCUAAACAAUUUUAAUAGUAAUCUCAAUCUAUCUAAAUUGAGAAUAGUGCAUGGUAUCACGUCAGUACCUACUCUGUUACUAUAAUAUUUAAAAAGGAUAACUGAAAAUAUAUAAUCUUAUGUUUUGAGAAACGAAAGUAUGUAUGAAAAUAUAACUAGCAAUGUAACAAUAUGCGUGCUUUCCAAAAAAAAAAACAUGUAAUUAGUGCAUUGUAUCACGUCAUUACCUACUCUAUUAAUGAAACUUUAUACCUAAGUAAAAAAUGCAAAAUUUACCGUCCCUUUACAAAUCAUAAUUACUUUAAUUCUUCAAAAUCUCGAUGAAUGGAGAAAAGGGUCUUUCUUCGUAUGGUAUUUAAUCGAACCUUGUUCGCGAUAAGACUGAAAAAGGCUUUUCAAAUUUUCACACUUUUCUAUUCAAACUGUUAUAUUUUCUACGCGUAGAAAAUUUUAAAGGAUAUUACGUGACCAAAGUAUCCCAAAGUAUACGCCUACAGAAACUAUACAAGGAACGAACAAAGAUUUAAUCUCAAAUAUAUCAAUGGCAUAUCAAUAAAAAAUCAACAACAUUUAUUAAUAUUUAGUAAAAAUAUUGGAUUCGUAUUCCUUAUCAGCAGAAUCUUGCACAGUGCAUUCUAUACAGGAAAGACAAAAAAAAACUUUAAGAAGUACAUUUAUCAAAUACAAGUCAUAAAUUUUAUAACCAAUAAUUUGUAGUAUGUAAGAAAAAUUAUAAUAUAAUAUAAACUUUAGUAGUUCAAAAUCCUAUGUAGUCAAUGCUUAAAAUGCGUUGGUCUAAUAUAUAUGCAUAAAUAUCUAGAAGCCGAAACGCGGUUACACCUAGGUUUAGCCGGCUAAACUAAGUGCAGUCGAUUGCAGUAGGUUAAACUUAGGUGUUUUCGACUUAUUAAUGGCUAUAAUUCAAAAUUUAAAAAAAAACAGCUGAUGACCUUGAAACGGCUGAAUCGAUUUUGACAAAACAUGUCUAAGAUCACCGCUAGAAAAUUAGCUUUACAAUUACAUUUAAAAGCAAUAAAAAAGCCUGACACAAAUCGGUUCACCCCUUUAAGAGCUAAGGUGCCACAGACAAACAGACAGACAGACACACAUAACGAUCAAACUUAUAACACACUACAUUUUUGCGUCGGGGUUUAAAAACUAAGUGUGUCCGGUUGUUUUCGGGUAAAACAAGAUGUAGUAAAGUCCUGAUAAUAAUUGAAAUGUCUAUAACUAAUAACAACUUUGUCAAAAUUACGAAAACACCUGUUAAGAACUGUCAGUUGUAGUAUGCUAUUAAUUAAGACUUCUGUUUUUGUCAAAAUUACGAAAGCACCUAUCAAGUAAUAUCAGCGACAGUAGGUUAAGCCUGCGGCCAAAGCUAUGGACAUUUAUAUUAUUUAUAAAUUAUUUAAGCAAAUAGCUAUAAGUUUAAACAACCACAAUCGACUGCACCUAGCUGUAGCCGGCUAAAUCUAGGUGUAAACGCAAUUCGGCUUUUAUCUAUAACACAUAUAUAAAAAUGAAUGUUAUAUUAAAAUGAAGAUACCAAUUAUUGUAAAAUCAUAUAAAUGUCUUAUUAAUGUUUCAUAUAAAUGUUUAAGAUGACAUAAUAUGUGGUUAUAAAUGUUUUAACACAAAUGUAAAAAAUAUAAAAAAUAUCUCUGUAGUUGUUUAGAAACAUAAGUUUUUCUAAUCUCGUUCUUCAUUACACUACCUUGAUCUCCUAUUCAGUUUUUAUUUUAUUAUAAAUUUUAGUUCUUUUAAUAAGACAUCAAAUAAUUAAAAAGUUAAAACGAUGCGCAACCAAUGACAAUAUUAAUUAAAGUUACGACGAGAUUUGUACAAAUUAUAUAUCACAGAAAUUAUUUUUAACGUAUACUUUUUCAUACGCUCCAUUUCUUUUGUACUCUUUGAUCAUUAAAAAACUAUGAUAUAUUUUUAUUCUAUUUUUAAAAACUUGACAACACUGGUAUCUGCAGUUUAGAGAAAUUUGCAUGACAAUGUAAAACAACGAAAACUUCUGAAAGGUUUCAAUACAUUCACAGUGUCGUCGAAUAUACUUAUUGCAACAAUUACAGGGAACAUCAUAAAUGGACAUAUGUUAAUUUUAUUUGCUUUUUAAUUCUUUACUGUAGGAUAUUAAGAACUCUUAUUAUAAUGUCUACAAUGUGAAUCAAUGUAUCAAUUUAGAAAUAUGUCACACUAAAUAUAUUAGGAAGAAUAUUUAUUUACACGUGAAAUUAUCAUUGAGAUAUCAUGUACUAAUUAUAUAAUAUGUAUUAAUAGAAAAUAGAUUGUAGUGAAUAGCGAAGUUGUAACACAAAAAGCCUUUAUGUAGUAAAAAAAAUAUUAGACCGAAAUAACAAUUAUAUCUGAGAAACUGAAAUAAAUACUUGUACCUAUGAU